AUGGCUAGUGAGGAGAGUUUCGUAGUGUUGGUUCACCACAGAGGAUCCAUUAAGAGGAAAACUCGUUUCGGUGUGAAGUUCACUGAUAAGGAUCCUCUGUGUAUGAUCGUCAAACCUACGACGAGGUAUGAGGACCUUGUUAGCUCUGUACUACUGAAACUUGGUUUCGAAGGUGUGAAACGGGUUAAGAAGUUUUUCUAUCGCAUUCCAAUCACAGUGCUCCAGGAAACCGUUAAGUAUGAUUGUUUCACGAUCGGGAGUAAUGAGGACUUGCAGGUCAUGUUUUAUUGUCGCUGGCAAUUUCCAGAGGUGAGGACACCAGAACUGUUGACAAAGUUGGUUGACGUGGUAUCCAGCUCAGGGGGUUCAGACCGGAAUACCACCACUUUAGCCACGGUAGCCGGUUCUAGCUCCAGACCUGCCGUUGCUUCUUCCUCCGUCCCUGCGUAUGAGCCACCCGUCCAACCUAUUGCCUCCCCUUCGUUUGCUGUUGAUCUCAACGGCAGUGUAGGUGAUGAGGUCGGAACAGGGGAAUUUUCGCGAACCUCUUUACAGUGUGCUGCACCGGCUGGGGUUGGAGAUGGAUUUUUGGAUGAUCCAGAGGACGAUGAUGUCGAGUCGGAUAUGAUUGCUGAUGACAGUGGCGAUGAUGUCGGAGCAAGUGAGCCUGCUGGGGCGGGCGGUGGUUCGCAAAGGGAGAGAGGCUGA